AUGAGCUCCCGAUCUGCCGUUUUUACACCCAACGCACCCAAGGUUGGGCCAUUCAUGUCCCAGGCUGUUAUCAGCAAUGGGCUGGUCUUUUCAGCUGGGUCCCUGGGCCUAGAUCCUGCCACCGGCCAGUUCGUUGAAGGCACGGUUGCCGAUCGAGCCGCACAAGCACUCCGAAACCUUGAUGCAGUUUUCGUAGCCGCCGGUACCAGCUUGUCCAAAGCGGUCAAGGUCACCAUCUUCCUGUCGAGCAUGGACCACCUUCCUCUGGUAAAUGAAGCAUACGCCAAGUUCUUUACUGAAGACCCCAAGCCGGCACGGACCUGUGUUGCUGGCGCAGUGUUGCCUCUAGAUGCGGAACUUGAGAUAGAGGCUGUGGCAUCGCUAGAUUAG